UGUUUCUCGCACAAGAUUUGUGCACUUGUAUUUUAGUUCUUUAUAAUGACAUGUGCUUCAUCUCAUACAGAGACAGUCCCGUCUCUUAAUUUGAGUGUUGUUGUUGUUUAACGUUUAUUGAGUUGGCUGCACAAAGUUCAGUUUACGGCGGAAAAAUGGUCUCCACUCGUGGGCCAAAAUUCAAAUUUACCGAAGGAGAACGAGUUUUGUGUUAUGAACCUGAUCCUACUAAAGCCAAAGUUUUGUACGAUUCUAAGGUUCUGGAAGUCAAAGUAACCAAAGACCAGAGGGGACGGAAGGCAGUUGAAUUUUUAAUUCACUUUCAAGGUUGGAACUCUUCUUGGGAUCGCUGUGUGAGUGAAGAUUUUGUCUUAAAGGAUACAGAAGAAAACAGACAGUUACAGAAAGAUUUAGCACAGAAAGCCCAAUUACAACUAUGUUCAAAUUAUCGCAGAGGUGCUUACUUGUAUCGAAAAGACAGAACAAAAAGAAGGCGGAAGCUCUCAGACCGCAUCAAUGAUACCUUAGAGAGGCAAAAAGGACGACGGCGGGUUAGCACCAGUGCCAGUGCCACCAGUAACAGUAAUGCUUCAGGUACAAGUGCCAGUGUUGAUUCAGACCAAGAUUCUGUGAGUCAUGAUGAGGAUGAGGAUGAAAAUGAUGAUGAGCGGGAUGAAGAUGAUGAGAAUAAUGCCUGGGGAAACCGUAGUUCAGACGAAUCCUCUGAGGGUGAGGAAAGAGAAGACCACGAUGAGGAAGUGGUGGAAGAACGCAUUCCAAUGGAAAUAUCAUUAGGACUGAAACGUUUGUUAGAGCAUGAUUGCACACUUAUCAAUAAACACAACAAGCUCUUAAAGUUACCAGCAGAGCCGAAUAUUGUGACGAUUCUAGAGGGAUUUGUGAAACACUAUGCCGUUAAUCAGUUGUGCAACAGCAGCACUACUGCUCCAUCAUCCUCUAAAAAUGGUCAGCGCCAUUAUAAAUAUAUUCAUAGUAAUAAAACUCAAGACUUGGAUUCUAUUUGCCGAAAUCUUAAUAUAUGCAAAGAAGUAGCUGAUGGACUUCGAGUCUAUUUUGACUUUACUCUUAGUGAUCUACUUUUGUAUUCUCAAGAAAAAGAGCAGUUUACUGACUUAAUCGGAAAGAAUGGAUCACCACAGAAAACCUUAACACCUAAAAGAGAACCAGAAAGUGGAGGAGAAGGAGAGAGUGAAAAUAUUAAAAUGGAACCAUCAAGUGACUUAGCUGCUGACCAUGACCAGAAAGAGAAAUCAAAACUGCCAAUUCCUAGCCCACCAGGCCGGGCAUCAACUGAGGAACCAAGUGCAACUGUGGGAGAAAAUCGCAAACGCAGUCUACGUUCGUCUCACCGCCCUGUUCCUGAUGUAACUGCAGCUGGACCUUCAACAAGUGAAACGCCUUCUGCUGUUCCUUGUUCAAUUUCCAGUUUGCCUAGCAGUAGUUCUCAAAGCCCUGCAGCAUCACCAUCAGCACCUCCAAACUCUGUACAAAGUGUACCAACUGGGACCUCCCCCCCGAAAACAUCUGAUAUAAUGACACCCCAAAGUAACGCGAUAUUAACCCAAGUUAUGACAUGGCAUCUUGUACCAACAUCAUCUAGCAAUGAGGCUCCAUCACUUCCAUCAUUAAUAUAUGGAGCCACACACCUUGCAAGACUCUUUGUUCGGCUCCCGGAUUUACUGUACACAGGAAAUAUGCCUAGCAGUAAACUUAAAGUUUUGACUUCACAUCUUGAAACGUUCAUGGGAUAUCUUGAGGAACAUACAGAAUGGUUCGCAGACCAUAAUUAUAAAGAGAACCCUCAUGUACCUCCUGCAAACUAAUGUAAAAAGCUAAUAAGCUACACUUAAAUAAAGAACUGAAUCAUUUUUAUUAAAA